UUAGCCACGUGACAGCGGUGUUUCGCGAUGGCUUCACAUCUCGUCGGUGAACUCUGUCGUUAUUACACCGUUUAGAAGUGUCACUGGGUUGUAGUCGUGAAAGAUGAAGUACAUUAUCCGCUGGACAUGAUAAGAUAUGAGUAGUAUGUAAAUUUUACGGGGGAGAGCUCUGGGUCAUUACAUGAUGUCAGGUGUUGAGGCGGCCCAGGUUGCAGGAGAAGGUGAAUCUAAGAAUGAACUUCAGACUCCAUUCAUCCUAGAGGAAUGUGAGAGGAAGGACCAGUCUUUGAGGGUGUUGCUGAGUCAAAAACUGAAAAAGCAAUGUGUCUGCAGCCCAGCUCGAGCAAAAGCCCUGCUCCUAGAUUCUGUACCCAUCUUAAAAUGGCUGCCAAAAUAUCAGGUCAAAGACUGGCUCCUGGGUGACAUGAUGUCAGGCCUUAUUGUGGGCAUCCUGCUGGUUCCCCAGUCCAUCGCCUACUCGCUGCUGGCAGGACAGGAUCCCAUCUAUGGGCUCUACACGUCGUUCUUCUCCAGCAUUAUCUACACUCUUCUUGGCACAUCCAGGCAUAUUUCGGUGGGUAUCUUCGGGGUGCUGUGCUUGUUGGUGGGCCAGGUGGUGGACAGGGAGCUCACAUUGGCUGGAUAUCCCACCGAUCAGUCAGGAAACAUCACCAGCCUGGAGAACAACACAAUUCCACAAUGUGACCGUAGCUGCUACGCCAUCAUCAUAGGGGCCACUGUGACCUUCACAGCAGGAGUGUACCAGGUAUUAAUGGGUCUCCUCCAGGUUGGCUUUGUCUCCGUCUUCCUUUCUGACUCUCUCCUAAGUGGCUUUGCCACUGGUGCCUCUCUCACCAUUCUCACCUCACAGCUGAAGUACCUGCUGGGCCUGAAACUACCUCGUGCCCAAGGUUGGGGCUCAUUAAUCAAAACCUGGAUCAGGCUCUUCAAGAACCUAGGCCAAACCAACAUGUGUGACCUCAUCACCAGCAUCCUCUGCCUGCUCGUUCUGGUCCCUGCCAAGGAGCUGAACGACUUCUUUAAAUCCAGACUCAAGGCACCAAUUCCCUUUGAGCUGUUCGUGGUUAUCAUUGCCACACUGGCUUCCCAUUUUGGUCAUUUUCAGGAGAAGUAUGGAUCCGAGGUGUCUGGGGCCAUUCCCACAGGCUUCAUGCCUCCACAGCUCCCAGCCUGGGAUCUCAUACCCAACAUAGCGCUUGAUGCCUUCUCAAUAGCCAUUGUGGGCUUCGCCAUCACUGUGUCUCUGUCUGAAAUGUUUGCUCAGAAACAUGGCUACAUGGUGGAUGCCAAUCAGGAGAUGUACGCCAUCGGAUUCUGCAAUAUCUUUCCAUCAUUUUUUCACUGCUUCACCACUAGUGCCGCCCUGACCAAGACCCUGGUGAAGGAGUCCACUGGCUGCCAGACUCAGCUCUCAAGCCUGGUAACUGCUCUCGUGCUACUGCUGGUGCUACUUGUCAUCGCGCCUCUCUUCUACUCACUACAGAAAUGUGUGCUAGCCGUUAUCAUUGUGGUGAACCUGCGUGGUGCUUUGCGGAAGUUCCGAGAUGUUCCACAAAUGUGGCGUGUGAACCGCAUAGACGCUGCCGUCUGGCUGGUGACCAUGGCCACAUCAGCACUGGUAAACACUGAGCUGGGCCUGCUGGUAGGCGUGCUGGUGUCUGCAUUCUGCGUGCUAGGCCGCACCCAGUGUGCCCAGGCAAUUGAGCUGGGCCAGGCAGGGCAUCGUGACCUCUUCAAGGACAUGGAAUCGUAUAAAAACCUCCACAAGCAUCCCGGGGUGGCUGUGUUUCGCUAUGAAGCUCCCAUCUACUACGCCAACCAGGCUCUGUUUAAGAAGUUUCUGUAUCGCAGCGUAGGUCUAGACCCGCAGAAAGAGAAAGCCAGGCUCAAGAAGCUGGAAAAGAAGCAGAAGAAGAUGAAGGAAGAUGCUGAAGUGCCCACCAGCGGUUUUCUCCCUUCUUUUCACACACUGAUCCUCGACUGCAGCGCUGUGUUAUUUGUGGAUACUGCCGGAGUUAGCGCUCUGAAGGAGAUGUAUAAGGAUUACAAGGAGUUUGCCGUGCACUUGUUAUUAGCCCAGUGCAGCCCGUCAGUGAUCGAAUCGCUGCGCAGAGGUGGCUAUUAUGACCCUGAGAGUACUGAGAUCAUUUUUCACUCUCUUGGUGAUGCUGUCCGUUAUGCCCAAAGCUGUCAGUCACAGAAUGGUGACUGUGAGACUCCUUGCUGAUGAAAUGCUACAAGUUUACUACACUGUGCAGGUAACCCGAUGUGCCUUACUGGAAUAUUCUAAACAGAUUAUUUUUCUAUUGCCUAAAUUAAUUUUAAAUAAAGGAAGGAAUUUAUCUGGAUGCCUGUUUGUAUUCAGCACUUAUUUGUUAUAUGUAAAAACUGGAAAAAAAAAUUAAGAAGUAGUAUGGCCAUUACAAAGAUGAAGUGUCAUUGCUGUUGCAAACUUCAUUACAGAUUGUUAUGUCACUUGUAUUGUCUGGGUUUUUACGAGUACAAAAGCAAUUGUAUGGUUCAUCCAAUGUGAUGUCAUAGAGGUUUGGUCUUCAUUUUGCUGGUCAAAGAAAAUUAAGAAAAGAAAAUGUCACUGGUCUCAAAAAUAAAACUUUUUCUGUACAUGUUUGCAAAGCUAUUAAUUAUAUUUUCUCAGCUCAGUCUUACCAAAUAGUGUAAACAUUUAAAGACAAUUCAUUGUAUUUAGACAUUUAUGAUGAUUUCCUGUUAUUUUUAAUGAGAUGCUGACAAGUUGGGGGUUUUUUUGAGCAGACUAUUGUUAUAUUUCUGAUAGUGACACUGUGUAUUUUAUUUGACUGUAUUUAUGACACUGAUCAAGUUCCAGCCUAUUAUGUGUAAAUCUGAAGCAUAUUGUGUGCACACACAGUAAUGAGUUACCAACCCAAACAGGAUGUAGUUUAGUGUGAUUUAGCUCUUUUUUUUUUUUUUUUGCCAAAGCAGACAAAAAUCUUUACUGAGCUUCUCCCUGUGAGGGAGAUUAUUCCUUGUUAAUCUGAUUAUGUUACAUUGAGUGUAACUACUGCAUAACUGCUAUGCACAAUCAGGAUGUUCAGAAAGUCAGUAGUUGUAGCUUUGUGUUCUAUAUAUUUGUUCUGUAGAAAUAUAUAAAUAUUUAUCAAUGAACACCAAGAUGCUGUUUGAUUAAUUCUGCUUUUUUUCUUUAUAUUUAUAGAGGGAUCUUUAUUCAUUCAUUCUUUAUUCAAUUCUAAUGUUUAACACUAGAAAGUAUUGUUAAAUGUUUUGGCUAACAUGAGUGUUCUCACGGUAUAAUGUAGUCUUUUAACAUACUUUCGUUUGUUACAUUUAUUUUACACAAAAUUAACUGUUUUAAAAUAAAAUGUUUACAGGA